AUGGAUAUUGAUGCCGCUGGAAUACAUAGGAAGCUCCAAUUGAAUGAACUUGACGAGAUUAGAUAUGAAGCAUAUGAGAAUGCUCGGAUUUACAAGGAGAAGACCAAGGCUUUUCAUGACAAGAUGAUUCGUGGUAAAUCAUUCUCAAUCGGGCAGAAAGUUUUACUCUUUAAUUCCCGCCUUCAGUUGUUUCCUGUCCAAAUCCAAAGCAUGAAAACUGGACAAGAAUUCAAGGUGAAUGGGCACCGAUUGAAGCCAUACUAUGACAACUUUGUGGAGCAUGUCGUGGAUGACAUCCCCCUGCAUGCUGUGGGCUCCAAUGAGGAGUGA